GGGGAGCUAUUUCCGUCUGAAUGCAGGAGUGGGCUAUUUCCGGUGGACCCUAGUUGAGUGAGUGGAGAAGCGACCUAAGAAGUGGAAAGAGGUGAAAUAGAACCUGCAUUCAGGCAAAUUGGAAAGACUACAGGCAUGAUGGGUUUGACAAAGCUGGUUUUGUACCUAACCAUGUGCGGCAUUUAUGCUCUGAGUAAACCCACUGAAAAGAAGGAUCGAACCUUCCAUGAUAAGGAGCUGAGUGACAAGGUGCACGAUGACACAGAGAACUUCGAUUAUGACCACGAUGCUUUCCUUGGAGCUGAAGAGGCAAAGACGUUUGACCAGCUCACUCCUGAGGAGAGCAAAGAGAGGCUUGGAAUGAUAGUAGAUAAAAUAGAUGAGGAUAAGGACGGAUUUGUGACGGAGGCAGAGCUGAAGGCUUGGAUAAAGCGGGCUCAGAAGAGGUACAUCUUCGAGAAUGUUGGGCGCCAGUGGCCAGAUUUCGACAGUAACCAGGAUGGGCUUGUUUCCUGGGAGGAGUACAGAAAUGUAACAUACGGCUACUACAUGGAAGAUGGAGAGGCUGAUGAUGGUUACAACUACAAGCAAAUGAUGGCGAGAGAUGAGCGUCGAUUUAAAAAGGCUGACCAGAAUGGUGACUUGUUUGCCACAAAGGAAGAAUUCACUGCUUUCCUGCACCCAGAGGAAUAUGACCACAUGAAGGACAUUGUUGUGUUGGAAACCAUGGAAGAUAUUGAUAAAAAUGGAGAUGGUUUCAUUGAUCUGGAGGAGUAUAUUGGUGAUAUGUACACUGCAGACAGUGAUGGCCAUGAGCCUGAGUGGGUGAAAACUGAGCGUGAGCAGUUCACGGAGUUUAGAGACCGCAACAAAGAUGGUAAAAUGGACAAGGACGAAACCAAAGAUUGGAUCCUACCAGCUGACUAUGACCAUGCUGAAGCCGAAGCCCGCCAUCUUGUCUAUGAAUCUGAUGAAAACAAGGAUGGAAAACUCACAAAAGAAGAAAUAGUCAAAAAGUAUGACCUAUUUGUGGGAAGCCAGGCCACAGACUUCGGGGAGGCCUUAGUAAGGCACGAUGAGUUCUAAGUACAUGGAUAACCACUGCAGAGAGAACAAGAAUCCAUUCCAUAAAGAAAGGAUAAUUUAUUUUUUACAAUGUGCUGUUUUCACAGACUUGGAAGCAGAGAGGGUUGGGGGGGGGAGGAGGAAGGGAGGGUUGGGGGAGGGUGAUUGGCAGGGGAUGGUUCCAAUGAAACAGCCAUCCUGUACCUAGAGGGCAACAUGUAAUUAGAUGUUUAUUUGCAAUGUAUCUGUAAAACCAAACUUUGUAUGUUGUACUUUCCCCUCCUUUGAUCCAAUAUUGCUGAACUUCUAAUCUGAUAAUCCCAUGCAAAAUCUGUAUAAUUUCCAGGAAACCUGGUUUGGCUUCUAGCAGUUCAGAACAAUUGUGAAGUGUGUUUUCAUCAGAUCUCUUUUUUUGAUUCCUGGAAAGUAAGAAGGGAUGAAGAGUGUACAGUUGCCAUUUUGGAGUUGCUUAAGGCAGUAUUGCUGCAAUGUACACAACAGAGAACAAGAUGCAUCUUCAGUAAACUACCUUGGCUGUCUUUUAGAUUGGAUUCUUGUAAUGUACUGUCAUGGUGACAGUGGAAAUGUCCUGUUAUCAUGUGAAAUUAAUGGGCAGGAGAAGACCAGCUGUAUCACUAAACUUUAGUGAAUCUGCUGACCAAAUGAGGGAGGGGAAAAAGUACUUCAGCAAAGUUUUCUCCAACUCCCUCUGGGUAUUAAAACUAGUCCUAAGAUCUCAUGGACUAAGUGUUUUCUAUGAUGACCUUUUUUCCCCCCAAAGUAGACAUAAUUGUAUAUAGUACUGAUCACACAAUAGCAAUCAUUAUAUUUAUCCCUCAGCUUUUCAGUGGCCUUUUGCUGCUAAUAUAGUUUAAAAAUACAAGUCUAGAAUUAAAGGUUUAUCUUUAGGAUAAGAAUAGGUGCCCUAUUCUGCUGAUCACAGGCUUUGAAGGCAUAUCUCUCAACUUAACCUUGUUCAAACAGGUAAUGUACAACUCUGUUAUUCUAUAUUUACUGCCAUCUUGUAUUUGUUGAGAAAAUAUAUUUGGAGAAUAUAAAUUAUGUACUUCAGUAAGAAAGACCCUUGCAGCCAUCCACUUAAUUCAGUAUUAUAUUUGUACAUACAAUGAAGCGCAUGUAGUUGUUUCUGUAAGUAUUAAUACAUUGUGUGUAUAAGAGGACUAUAUCUUGAAGUCCACUUACUUGGAUCAAAAACAGACUUCUAGGAACAGCAGAUAAGCAGCAAUAUCUGCUUUGAGAAACAAUCAAUUUCUGAUCUUAUUUCAAACUGGAAAACAAAAGUAGACUAAUAAUGGUGUGUGACUAGAUAUUUAUCUCGUCAUUGACAGUAUGAUAUGUAUUCUUUGCAUUUGACUAUACUGGUGUUCAGUUACAUGGAUUCUGCUGCCAUGAAUAGUUUGGAUGUAGAGAAUUAUUACAAUAAAGUUCACAAGUGAAGUGGGAAGGAGAUGUGAAGACUUCAGAGUGAUGGUUUAGUGUAGUUUUAUUUCGGUAUUGAAUGAAGUCUAACUCGUACCAAUCAUGUCCAUGUUACUGUAGUUAUUACAAUUAUUCCCUGGUGCAGUAAUGUGUUCUUACUGUUUUGAGAAUCCUGUUUAAAAAUUGCACAAUGCAAAUAAUGUAGUCUGACUGAUCUUUUCUCACUUCAUUGUCCAAAGCAAUGUCCAGGAUUAUAGUGUUCUCUCCCUACCUGUAACCCACCAGCUGUACGCCAACCAGUAUUUAGAAAAAAGCAAAAGGAGCAACUUAUGACAUCUUUGUCAAUGUUCUUUCUGCCUAAACAUUAACAUCUUUCUCAUUGAAUUGUAAGCCUGUAUUUAUGUUUUUAAUUUUGCUUUAUUCCUUGCAUUUUGUUUAAAAAGCCAGGGCGGGCUGCAUUUAAUAGAAGUAUUUCUUCACAAAGUAUUUAAGAUGUAGUCUUUCUUCCAUGCUUUGCCCAAUUCUUGCAUCAAAAUAAUGAUAGAAUCUCAGUAAUCAAGGUGACAUCACCAUAUGGGUCAUUCAGCUAAUUUGAAUUGUGUGGAUUGAGGAGAGUCUUGCAUAAGAUUAUAACUGGGCAGCAUUUUGCUCUGCACUACACAUUGGCUUCCUUUUGUUUCCAGGCCCUCGAGUCAAGCACCAAAUUCAAAACAUUGAAAAAUUGGAUCAGUUUCUUUGCAGAGUACUAUAAGCUUUUGGUGUGUGCUUGUGGUUAGUUGUCAUUCUCACUGAGUUGGUUGUGUAAUUAUUGUAACUUGAGACACUUAAUUACAGUGAUAACCUUAGGGUAUCUUUAUCCCUUCUGUUUAAUGUAAAUGUUAUCACCAACCCUUUGGUGUCUCUUAUGUAAAAUCUGUUUUCCAUUGUGCUUUACCACACCAGACAUGGAAGUAUACAUUGAGUUUACCAGCUGCCUUCUCUUGCCACAGUGUGCAACCAAAAGUCUUUCCCUCUGCAGACAUCAUAUUCUUCAAAAAAUCGUGCUUUGAGAGAGCUGCAGGCUAAUGAUCAAAGGAUGUUUGGAAUUGUAGUGCCACUUUAGCUUGUGACUGAAGGCUUUUACCAACUCCUUGUGCCCUAUUCCCUUUCCUCCCAAAGAAUCCUGAUUCCACUUGCCUAGCCUCCCUGCCAUGGAGCAUAUCAGUAGUUCUGUUUUUCUUAAGCAAGAGCCAUACAUUUACAAACAGGCUUUUGUGCAACUUUUGGGCAAACCAAGUUUUCUGUUUUCUAGUUAUGGAGUUCACUUAGUCACUGUUCCAGUUGACAAAAGGUAGGUGCAUACUAACAAGGUGAUCAGUGCUGACAUUUUUGUGCAAAUGUAAUAAGUCAUAUGUCAAAGUGAGCUGGGAAUUCUGGGAAAUAUUUUGCCUCAAAGUUUGGAUCGUCCCAGACUCCUCCAUUAUUAACCCACUGUGUAUUUUGAAUAAGAUGAGUGAUUUGAUGCCAUUUGAGUAACGAGCAAAAACUUGUAAUCAUGGUAUCUGCUGAGGCACGUGGACAAAGUGUAAGCAAUUACUUGAAGAAUCAGCACAUUAAACUGGUAAAAACCAAGAGGAAGGAACAGAUAGUUUGGUUUUAGCUAAAUCUAAAUAUACUGCAAUGUAAUGAGUGUACAGAAUGGAAAAACCUGCCCCCUCAGUUCCUGGUGGCAACUGGUGCAUGUUUUUGUACAUUAAGCUACUAGAAUCAUGUGACAAGAAAAACCUUAGUAGGUGAAUGGAUGCAGUACAUCAGUGGGAUAUUCAGCAUGUCUAGUACAUUUUUACCAAUCCCCUUAAAUUUUAUGCCCUGUGACCCUUGAGCUGAGUUGUUACUUGUAAUGUGCUUGAAGUUACACUAUGAACACUAGUACAUUUUAAUGUAAGAUGUUUGCUUGUGUGUGCUUCAAGUUGAAUUCUAAUCUUCAAUAAAGAUUUUUAAAUAAGA